CGUGCGGGGCCCGGGCCGGGGCCGGCAGGCAGAGCGGCGGCGGCGGGCGGCGCGGCAGGAAGGAUGGGCGAGCGUUGUUGUGCGGCGGUGGUGCGGGUGCUGGUGCUGCAGGCGGCCUGGGCGCUGUCGGGCGGGCAGGUGCGCUACUCGGUGCCGGAGGAAGCCAAGGCCGGCACGGUGGUGGGCCGUCUGGCGCAGGACCUGGGCCUGGAGGCGGGCGAGGCGGAGGCGCGGCGGCUGCGGCUGGUGGCGCCGGGCCGGCGGGCGAGCGUGGAGGUGAGCGGGGCGAGCGGCGCGCUGGUGGUGAGCUCGCGGCUGGACCGGGAGGAGCUGUGCGGCAAGAGCGCGCCGUGCGCGCUGCGCCUGGAGGUGCUGCUGGAGCGGCCGCUGCGCGUCUUCCAUGUGCAGCUGGAGGUCACCGACAUCAACGACAAUGCCCCCGUCUUCCCCGCCGCCUGGAAAAAUCUCAGCAUCGCGGAACUGUCUGUGCCGGGGUCUCGUUUCCCGCUGGAGGGCGCGUCGGAUGCGGAUAUCGGAGUGAACGCGCAGCUCACCUACACACUCAGCCCCAGUGAAUAUUUUACGCUCGAUGUUAAAUCGUCUGAUGAAAACAGGAAGUCUCUGUUUCUGGUACUCGCAAAGUCUUUAGACCGCGAGACGAUUCCCGUGCACCGGUUGGUACUGACGGCGAGUGACGGGGGUCGGCCGUCUCUGACGGGGACACUGGAGCUGGUGAUCUCGGUGCUGGACGCAAACGACAAUCCGCCCCAGUUCAACCAAUCAGUGUAUAAAGUGCAGCUGCUGGAGAAUGCUACAGAGGGGAUGCUCGUAUUACGUGUUAAUGCCACGGAUCCGGACGAAGGAAGCAAUAAGGAGUUUUCUUACAGCAUCUUGGGUUCGACUCCUAUUGGUAACAAAGAACUCUUUACCAUUGACUCCAAGACGGGCGAGAUCAGACUGAAGGGUACUUUGGACUUCGAAGACGUUCGUUUACAUGAAUUGCAAAUCGAAGCGACAGAUAAAGGGACACCACCGCUGUCGGGUCACUGCAGCGUGGAGCUGGAGGUGGUGGACGUGAACGACAACGCGCCGGAGGUGUGGGUGACGUCGCUGUCGGUGCCGGUGCCCGAGGACGCGUCGUUGGGGACGGUGGUGGCCCUGCUGAGCGUGUCGGACCGGGACUCGGGGGAGAACGGUCGCGUGCGGUGCUGGGUGUGGCCGGCGUCGCCGUUCGGUCUGGAGGCGACGUUCGCGGGCUCGUACUCGCUGGUGCUGCGCGAGGCGCUGGACCGGGAGCGGGUGUCGGAGUACGAGGUGGAGGUGCGUGCGGAGGACGGCGGGGCGCCGGCGCUGCGCGCCAGCCGCGGGCUGCGGGUGCCGGUGUCGGACGUGAACGACAACGCGCCCUUGUUCGCGCAGGCCGUGUACACGGUGCUGGCGCGGGAGAACAACGCGGCGGGCGCGGAGCUGGCGCGGCUGUGGGCGCGGGACUCGGACGAGGCGGCCAACGGGCGCGUCAGCUACUCGGUGUGGGACGGCGGCGUGGGCGUGGGCGGCGGCGGCGCGGGGUCGUCGUCGGGUGCAGCGGGUGGCGUCCGGCGUCGAGCUACGUGUCGGUGGACGCGGAGAGCGGGCGGCUGUGGGCGCUGCAGCCCUUGGACUACGAGGAGCUGCAGGUGCUGCAGUUCGAGGUGCGCGCGGUGGACGCGGGGGAGCCGCCGCUGAGCGGCAACGCCACGGUGCAGCUGUUCGUGCUGGACGAGAACGACAACGCGCCGGCGCUGCUGCCGCCCGCGGGCUCGGCA